CCAAGAUCUACGACCUCCACCCAGCCGACAUUUACCUGGUUCACGAUGACCUGGAUAAGGCCCUGGGCAAGGUGGCAAUCAAGCUGGGAGGCAGUGCAAGGGGGCACAACGGGGUCCGAUCCUGCAUCAGUACUCUGCACUCCAAUGAGAUGACGCGGCUCAGGGUCGGCAUCGGGCGGCCGGAGGGUGAAGGGACAGUGUCCAGCUACGUCCUGGCCCCGUUCAGCACUGAGGAGCAGGAGAGGCUGGAGCAGAUCCUGACCCAGGCAGCGACGUUCCUGCUGGAGCACAUCCUGCAGAGGAGAGCACCCACGGGGGAGCCAGGCGACAGGGGCUGA